CACGCAUCACGCAUCACGCAUCACUUUGUUGUCCGAGCAAAUUUCUGUGCUUGUGUCAUACUCUGACUUCUCACUUCAAUUCGCGCGAACAGCCAGUCUCCAAAAUGCCUGUGCCGUCGCCCCUACCAACCUACCUUUACAAGAUCCUCCCCUCUGCCCCACCAUCACCCCUCCCAGACCGCCUACCGCUCUCAGACCUCGACCGCAAAGAUGGCUUCAUACAUCUGUCUACGUCCGAGCAAGUACCUGGCACUGCAGACAGGUUCUUCGGGGACUUCACAGAGCUGUGGCUGCUGAAGAUCGAGUACAGCGUGCUUGAAGCGGGCACAGAUGGAGACAGCAACGUCAAUGCGGACAACAAGGCGAGGAUUCAGUGGGACGAAGUAGGACAUGGUGCUUUCGCCCACUUCUAUGGAGGUGACCUGGGAAAGGGCAACGUGCAGGAGGCUGUGAAAGUUGAGAAGAAGGGUUCUUGGGCGGAGAGCUUGCGCCUCGAAUGGUGAGAACAGCAACAGCUGGAAUUCCGCUGGAACGCCGCUGGAACGCAUCAGGUUUCGAAGUGUCAGGCCGUGCAUGCUUAUUCGGUUCGUUUCAAUACGAGCCACGCUGUGCUGAUCAACAUGGCUGCAGCAUGCCGGAGGCUUUCUGUGCCUCGUGCAGAGCUUCCUAUACAAUACGAAUUGUUACCA